UUUGAUAAUUAAAAUUUGUGAUUCCUAGAUUGAAGGGAGCGUGGGGCAGAGCGCUAACUUGGCUGGGUCUUGUCCUGCGUUCCCUUUCUCUUAGCAAACCUCCGGACCCCGGCGUACCCCUGCUUCCUUAAGGGCUGAUCACAUCCCCGACCAAUUCGUCGGGUUUUUUAUCGCCUGUCGAGCCUUUCGUCCAUGUUUCACCCCGGGUUCUGGCCUCUUAAGACAGGAGAGCUUGAAUGGGGGCUUCUGCGGACGCUACGUGUAACCUUCGAACCCUGGUCAGAGUAAUGGCCUUUCUUAACGCAGAGUGGUUUCCCAGCUCCAGAAAAUGAGCUCGGAGCGGGGGCCACGUUGAGGGAAUGAAGAGCAUUGUGGGGCGUUAUGUAAAAGCAGGAACCCAACCGACAGGGCUUCCCGGGUCCUCGCGCUUCCUGAGCACGCGACACUGCACGGAUACUGUUGGAAGGAUUCCAGGGCGGGAAGAUGGAUCCACGCCUGCGCCUUAAAAAAGCCUUUGCAGGACCAACAGACGUUUGGAUCUACUAAGGACCAGUCUUCCUUAGGCAUAGCCUCAUUUUCUCAGUUAUCCUAAAAACUAUGUCCAGGCCCUCUCUUAUCACCUUUACUCCAGCCACCAACCAUAGCGACCUCUGGAAAGAUGGACAGCAGCAGCCACGACAGCCUGUAAAAGUGGACCCCAUCCUGGAUGGGGCUGAAGCUAGAGCUUUCUAUGAGUCCUUGAUAGGGGAUGAGAGCAUCUCCUCUGGACCCCAGAGAUCUCAGUUUGAAUCUGCCAAUCAGAGAAAAAGGAAAAAAAGAAGAAUGAGGAGGAGUGAUACUACAACAGAAGUUGUGACAGUGGGAACAUCAGGAGGACGUGAACAAAGGAGAUCCCUUGAGGGUGAGGACAAAAUGACCCAGAGGAUACUGAAGGCAGCCCAGGAAGGGAACCUGGCAGAACUUCGAAAGCUAUUGGAUCCCUGUGAGUCUGGGGGUGCUGGGGGAAAUAUCAAUGCUCGCGAUGCCUUCUGGUGGACCCCUCUGAUGUGUGCUGCCCGAGCAGGACAGCGAGCAGCUGUACGCUAUCUCCUAGGUCGUGGGGCUGCCUGGGUGGGGGUCUGUGAGCUGGGUGGCAAGGAUGCUGCUCAACUAGCUGAAGAAGCAGGCUUCCCAGAAGUGGCCCGUAUGGUCAGAGAGAGUCACGGAGAGACGAGUCCAGAGAACAGGUUCCACUCUCCCUCCCCACCCCCCCAGUAUUGUGAGACCUGUGGUGCCCACUUCCAAGAUUCUAACCACCAAACAUCUACUGCUCACCUGCUGUCACUGUCCCAGGGUCUCCAGCCCCCCAAACUGCCCCUUGGGGUACCUACUUCCAGUCCAGGCUUCAAGAUGCUGCUUCAGGGGGGCUGGGAACCUGGAAUGGGGCUGGGACCCCGAGGUGAGGGCCGUGCCAACCCUAUCCCAACUAUUCUCAAGAGGGAUCAAGAAGGAUUAGGCUAUAGAUCUGGACACCAGCCCCGAGUCACACACUUCUCAGCUCGGGAUACCCGGGCUGUGGCUGGGAAGGAGAGAGCCCCUAAUGUGGUUACACAAAGCAGGAAGGAGAAAGAAAGGAAGGAAGAGAAGGACAGGGCCUGGGAGCGAGAUCUGAGGACAUACAUGAACCUUGAAUUCUGACCUUUGCCUGGUCUGCUUAAGUCUGAACUUGGGCCUCUGACUUGGACACUUGACCUCUACUCCUUGGUUCUGUCUAGACAAACCUUCACAUUUUGGCCAGUGAGUCUGUACCUUUGGGAAGGGGGAUGAGAGUUGAGAAAUAAAUCAACUUUGUCUCUC